ACACCUGUAGUGGUGACGCACCUGUAGUCGUGACGCAGCGGUUACGCAGACCUUCAGCCCCCUGUGCGGGUGCCCACUGACGGGGGUGCGCCUCAUUCGCCAGGGACAUUGUUAAACCACGGAGCUCCUUUAACUAGGACUGCUCAGAGCUACAGGAAACAUUUCAACCCAACGAUUUGGGCUUGCGGACGUUUGAAGGAGUUUUUUUUAAGCAUUCCACAAAUUGGAAGAAUGGAUACGCACGUUAAAGCAGGACAGGUCUACCUCCAACCACGGAAAAUCGGCAAAAAAUGGAAUCAAGUGUGGCUGUCCCUGUACCCCGCCAGUCAAUGCAGCAUGGGCCGGUUGGAGAUCAGUGACAUUAGAAGUUCAUGGGCAGGGGCAGGUGUGGGGGGGGAACGGCCCAGCGCAGGGCUCGGAGGGGAUGCUAAGAGACACCAGCAGGGCCACAAGGAGAGGAAGCUGAAGGUGGUCCGACUGUCCGACAUCAUCAGUGUACUCAAACUGCCCCCGCAUGCUGAGGCCCUGCCCAAGGAUAACAUGGCAGCAUUCUGUGUGAAGACGGAGGAGAGAAACUUGGUGUUUUCUGCCAUGAAAGAGGAGAGUACAGAGUGGGUAGAGAAGGUGUGCGAAAUUGCCUUUCAGAAUCCCAAUGUGAGCGGAACCAGCUCUAAGCCUCAAAUGGAAGACAAUGUGAUUUAUGCCUCGACAGAAGAGGUGGGUAUGUUCUCGGUGGCGGUGCAGCAAACUGAUGCCGCAGCACGUUGCGGCCUGCAGGGGGUGUACAAGUUACAUGUGGGCCAGGGUGAUCUGUCGUUAAGAGAGGCAGAGAAUCCAAGGACCAUCUUGAGCUGGCCAUACCGCCUCCUGAGACGAUAUGGAAAAGAUAAUCUUUCCUUAACCAUCGAAGCUGGCAGGCGGUGUGAUUCUGGACCUGGGACCUUUACGUUUGAGACCGGCCAAGCCAGUGUUCUGUUUAGCCUAAUUGAGAAGGCAAUCAAACACCAAACAUCUUCCACUGCUGUCCCCACCAACAGUCCUGCCAUCCACACAGUCCUCCCAACCCCAGAUGGGGUAGCAGCACUGCCGAGUCGGAUUCCCCGUUCCCCUUUGCCCAAGAUACCCGAUAUGGACUUAAUACCUGAUAUUUUGCACAAAACUCAAAAAAUCAAAUCGAAUUCUCUCGUGGACUCGGAAGAGAGCUUGUACUCUCAGCCGGCAGACUGGAUAAGUGCAUCUGAAUGUGUUAACGCUCAGCCUCUCGACAAAGUGAUAUCUACCAAAGCGUCCGCUCCCGUGUCCUGUGUGACGUUCCCAGAACACCCCAGCAUUGACGUCACGGAGAGGUCUACGUCAAAUCCACAUCUGGGAGUCGAAAGUGUGUACGCCGACCCAGCAAGUUUCCUUCCUCUUAAACCACCCACCACCUCCAACACGAUGGAAGCACCGGGGCCCUCUACAGACCAUGCCAAUCCUUCAGAGCCCAUCUACGCAGAAGUGUACGACAAACUAAGCCCAGGCCAAAGCAGAGCUCACCCAACUCAGACCCAAAAAGGGGAAAUAGAGAAAGAACCCAUUUAUGCCGAGCCUGUGAGGAAAGUUGAGGGAGUAGCAAAGAAGAAUGACAGAACUGACCUGUUCACGGACCUUUAUGCACAAGUCUGCAAACUAACUCCUUCCCCAGAAAAAACAAUCCCUUUCUCACCUUCGGGGUCUGCCCUGACCACCGCGAUAAACUCUAGCGACGAUGGCCUCUCCGAUGUCAUCUAUGAAACACUGGGUAUCAUUUAGCACAGCGCUUUCUAAGCUCUAUUGGAGGAAAGGCCCAUUCGGCCAACAUAUCGGACUACGGUGUAUUUUGAGUCAUUUAAUUACACAGAUGAGGACGAAGAUUUAUCCAAAUUAUUCAAGAGCAAAAUAAAUGAAUGCUUUUCACGAACAAAUCCCAUCGGCAGGUGCUGUUAAAUUAUCUAUUCCUGUUUGUCAGAUUUUAUUGAUAAUGUUGUACACCACACAGGGAUAGCCAGACUGGAGAAAACUACAGCCCUAAAUACAUUUUACGGCAUUCUUUGGAUAAAACACUGACUAUAUCAACUAAAUAAUUACAUAUAUAUAUUUAUUUUCUUCAUUAUUUUUAUAUAUGUAUUUUAUAUAAGUAGGGAGAACAAAAUGUAUUAUUCAUGAUGUUAUUUCUUCCUAUGUUUAGCCAAUGCUAGCAUUUUCAUUGCAAAAUACAACGCAUAUCUUAGGUCCUAAACCAUUACACUGUUGAAUCCCUUUUUGUAUUUUGUAUUUACUUCAUCGCAUUAGACCACAAGACCAAAUGUAUCAUGAGUAAAAUGCUGCAUUGUUACUGUGCUGAUUUAUCAGACCCCCUCCUCCCAUGCUCCAACUGUAUUAACUACGUGAUAAUAAAUAAUGACACCAUUUA